AUGCCCGGUCUCACAGACUUCAUCAAAGAAGUAGAGACGGACGGUGACACUGCCACCACCACCUCUUUUGGGAAGCGGAUGCCCACGAGAGAGAUAGCAGAUCAGCUCGUCGAGGCCUACUUGAGGACGUUUGAGACCGUGUACCGCACUCUUCAUUUUCCCACCUUCCGCGCCGAGUACGAAAGGUGCUGGACUGGAGCAGCCGACAGCUCCUUCGUCAUACUUCUACAGCUUUGUGUGGCUAUCGGCGCCGCCUUUGAAGACAAUACUUUCCCUCUCCGCUCGUCCGAGGCAAACCUCUGGCUCACAGUAGCCAGUAAGAUUGGCAUCACGGGCAUCCAGAUCCUCUGCCUGUUGCACCACGCAAACAAUAUCACCAAUGUGAACUCCGAUCUGGGCUGGAUCGGUGCUGCAACCCUCCUCCAUACAGCGACGCAUAUUGGCCUCCAUAAAGAUCCAAAGUCCUUCCCCGGAAUGACGGUACCUCCUGCCUCACCUUCAGAAGGUAUCCAUCCCUAA